UUUCCUCUCUGGAUUUUUUUUCCUUUUCAGGUGUCUCAGGCAGCUGCAGAACUCCAGCAGUACUGUAUGCAAAAUGCCUGCAAAGAUGCCUUGCUUGUUGGGGUUCCUGCAGGGAGCAAUCCCUUCCGAGAACCCCGAUCCUGUGCUCUGCUCUGAAAUC